UUUUACCACUGAAGUAGGAAACCUAGGUCUAUGAGUUUUACAAAUUGAUACUGUAGGUAGCUUACAACCACCUUCCAUAGAAAAUAUCCAUAUAAGGAUUAAAUUUUAACAGUGGUUAGUAGGAUAAAUAUCUGAAUUGAAUAAUGGCUGAUCGCUUAACUCAGCUUCAAGAUACCAUAAACCAACAAGCUGAGAAUUUUUGUAACAGCAUCGGAAUUCUACAGCAGUUCUCGUUGCCUAGCAAGUUCCCAGGCUUCGAACGCGGUGGUUCUCAGACUCCUCAACAACCGCAGAGUCAAGAGGAUUAUGCGGUUUUAUUCGCGGCUCUAAUUUCUCGUUGUGCUAAGGACAUUGACACGCUCAUCGAGUCUUUGCCCAGUGAAGAGAGUUCAACUGAGCUGCAAGUGCAAAGCCUUAGGCGACUUGAGGCCGAAAACAAGGAGGCUGCUGAACAACUUGAAGAGGUAGUCCGUCAAGGAGAGAUUCUUCUAGAGAAGAUUCAGGGUGCUCUGAGUGAUAUUGCUCAGUGCCAGUUGGACAUGCAGAAUCCGGCUCUGAUCCUCAACAAGGAUGUGAAACCACAGUUAUAGGGAUGGGGUCUGGGGUUCUACCAACGGUAGUUUCCUCUACAAAAGGAUACGUUAAAACAAGAAUACACAGAAGUAUUGUAGUAUUAUAUGAAUUUCAAAAUUUUGUGUUUGAAAUCUUAAUGCUUAAUGACGAAGAUUUUUUUUUGUUGUUUGCAAAUUUAUUACAGGGCUUUCAUGCCGGUGAAAACUAAAUUGUCUGAAUGUCAUAUUUUUGAAACUAUAAAAAGAAAAACAUAGGUAUGACAUAUAUAAUUUUAAGUAAUCAUUUGUUAUAAUUGAAUAGUUAAGUAUACAUGACUUGUUUAUUCAUUAUUUUCUAUUAUUACAUAAGGCAUAUUUUAAGUCUGAAAGGGUAGGUACCGCCACUCUGCCUAUACAUACUGUAAAGCUGUUGUUUUCCAGUUUUGAAGCACAGGUUAGUUGUUGAUGAUGAUUUUGAGAUGAGUGGCGGCAAUGACUGGGAUCUCUGGGCUAUGUUAAUAUCUCUUAAUAUUAGAUGAACUCGUUCAUCUAUAUACAUAAAAUAAAAUGAACCUAAGGAAAAAGUAAAGCUGAUUGUAUUCAAUGAUGAACAUGAGUUUUAAUUAAAUUAAAAAAUACUUAUGUUUUACGUUUAAUUAAUUUAAUUAAGUUAUUAUGUUUAAUUAAAGGUUUAAUUUUUCUUUUUGUUGUACGCCCUGUAUAUGCUGGAAUGGACUCGAAUCUAAAUAUUAAUAUACUUUAGAGAUUGGAAAUAGAAAACUAUAAUCUUGAAAUGAAAAAAAAUUAUAUAUGAUUGAAAAUAAAUGUUGAUAGCUAAGAGUGUUUUAUUAAAUCAAAUGUUUUAUUUGUAUAAAUUUCAAUACUGAUUCAAUGGUAAAGAAUAGUUUCAUUUAGUAGAAGUAGUGUUCCUUCAGGUUUAUAUAUGUAUUAAUGGUAGCUUAUUUAUAUUUUAGCGUCUGUGAAAGUGCACAUGUGUGGGGAAAUUAGAACAAAGUCGUUAUAUGUGGCUUUACGGUUUCCUCCAAAAAGCGACAGUAAAUUCCCACCUGCUGCUGGGAUGUUAUUUCAUUUCGUCUCAUCUCGUUUUACUUCAUAUAAAUACAUUAAAAUUUCAAAUAAAUGAUCUUCAUUACAUUCUAAUACUAUCAUUGUAGCUUUUAGAUAGCUAAUGGAGCAAGCAAGUUUAUCGAGUAAGUUGUACAUUUUAUUUAUAAAAUUCUUAUUGGCUGGAUGACUUGACAAAGUAUGGUAAAA